CCAUCCCUUGUAUUGGCCCUGGAAGAAGGGGAACAUCGUCUGAAGCGCGUCCUGGAUCCCCACUAGAGUCAGUCGCUUGUCCGUGGUGGAUUGGAUGGCUGCUACCAUCAUGCCGAGAGUUGGUCAAGAUGGACAGAACGGACGCCCCAGAGCCCCUGCGGUCAGUUGAUAUGCACCCAGCCAUCCCACACAAUGCCUACAAACCACAAGUUCUCAAGCGCCCCCUGGAAGAAGCUGAUGAUGAACAGGAUGUGAAGCGACCCCGUGCGGCAGAAACUGUACGACGUCAUCCGAAGUACAAACGCCAUGGUAAACCUCCCUACACCUACGUCGGUAUGAUGGUGGUGGCAAUCCACACCUCCAGCACCAAGAGACUCACCCUGGGCGGAAUCCGGGACACCCUGGCUACCAUGUUCCCCUUCUUUCAAGGCGAAUAUCUGGGAUGGCGUGACUCGAUCAGACACAAUCUGUCCAGUAACCAGUGCUUCACCCGCAUCCAGAGGGGCGUCAAUAAAAACAUCAAGGGCUGCUUUUGGGCAGUUGACCUUUCCCUUGUUCCCCCAACAGCAUUUCUGAGAGCGACCAUCAAGGACCCCGUGCAGAGGAAACAGUGGGCCCCAACUCUGACUUUGCAGCUUGGCAUCCCUGACAUCGAUCUGACAGCAGAGCUGGCAGAGAUCAAGACCGAGAAGCAUGAGGUCAUCCAGCACGAAACAUCAGAGAAGGAGAAGAGAUCUGUGACUCACACAACUACUUUCAGCAUCGACAGCAUCUUGAGCAAAGACACCAAACCCGAUCUGAUCAGUGAGCCACCAGAUAAAAAGUUCGACCAUCCUUACAGUUUCCUUGGCCACCAGACCAGCAUCACCUACUUGCAGGGCAAGUUUCCCCGGCCAGCAUCUACCUUCUCACCAUACGCCGCCGUGUUAUACCAGACUGUCAACUCCGAUCAGGGUUCAGAUGCGGCAUCCUUCCUCCGACCAGAUCCCCGGUAUUCUGAGUGUCAUGCGUUCUCCACCCUGACAACUGCUUCUGACUUUCGCAAGUUUCCGGACUCGACCGGACGAGGUCAAGCGUCUUCAAGCCAUCCCGAACAGAGAAGUUACACGACGACAGAACCUGACCACGUACAGCCAACAGAACACGGUUUGGAUAAACUUCAGAUGACGACUCCACAAGACUACCACAAACCUUCACCAACGAGCUACCACGCUCUCCCCGCAAACUACAACCAGACAUCUUCAUCCAUGAAUUACAACCAGUCACUUCCAUCCAUGAGCUUCCACCCUCAAUCGACGAGCUACAACCCUGAAUCCACGAGCUACCACCCUCAAUCCACGAGCUACCGCCCUCAAUCCACGAGCUACCACCCUCAAUCCACGAGCUACCACCCUCAAUCCACGAGCUACCACCCUCAAUCCACGAGCUACCAUCCGUCUCCAUCGCCAGGUCACAAGUCAUCUUCGCAAUCGACUGACUACCUGCCUCCACCAGCGAGCUACCAACAGGCUUUUUCAUCCAUUGACCAUAACCAGGGACCUUUCAGUUACCAUCGAAACCAACCCACAAGCUACCACGAGAAACCCCCACCCGUGAGCUUCGACCAGCCUUCAUCCGUGAGGCAUCACCAGGCCCCCUCAUCUACAAGUCACCAAGACCCACCACCAUCUUCCUUGCCCUACCACCGUUGGGACACGGAGUACCCAGACCCUCCAUCCCCAGCAAGGGGAAGCAGUGACUCCCAAUGCAACUUCUCCAUCCUCCGCCCCAAUAUGUACAUCCCAGCUCACAUCUCUGACUCGAGUGAUUCCUACCCCACGGACCCACCCAGAUCCUCCGCCCUCCCUCCCAUACCUACCCCCACCUGGGCGACCUACCUCUGCAACACCAACAGCAACUACACAUCAUCGCCUCAUUCGUUGAAGACGGCUUUCGAUGAUAUAGCGAUGUUUUCUGACGCCAGCAGUGAAGUUUCCGUCCGCAAUAACAUUCCUUUGUACGCCUUCGUGGACGACUCCCGGAGUUUGUCCGACUCCAUCGUCCCGGAGUCUGUCGCCAGUGAACAGACGAAUCCAGCGUUCAGUCCGUACAACCCCGAAGUCGUCAACCACUUCCAACACUUCCUUUCUGGACCCCCGCUGAAUCACGAUCGUACUGACGUGUAAUGUUGACCUUCUGUUGUGUGCUAUCCUCAGUGCUGUUAUCGGAGUUCUUGUAUCGCUGUGAUACGACCUUCUACAAGGCUCAUAUACAAUGUAUAUGAAUAUGUAAUAAUCAUGUAGUAUCAUGGAUAUGUAGUAAAACAUAAUAACCAUGCAAUGUCUCGUUGUUGUUUUGACCACCUCCGUGGAUAGUGGAUAGAGCUUGCGCGGUUCAACCCCCAUAUCGUGUCUUACCAAAGGACGUUAAAAGAUGUUUUUGCUCCGUCUG